AUGUCUUUUGGCAACAUGUCAUAUGCUUCGACUUCUAAUAAGCCGGGUGAAAAGAAGCUUUGUACAAGGAUGAAAGUGGGUUUUGAGGUCGAGGUGGCGGAAGGAACAAUUUGCCAAUACUUACACGGCAAAUUGCGUCCGCAAGGAUAUGGAGCAGGAUGCUAUGAAUUGGUCCUACAGUUUGGUGAUAUCAAAAAGAUUGGGGCUUUAUGCUUCUACCCGCAGGAAAUCAACAUCAGGGCUAUGGAGAAAGAACUAAUGCGGCACUUUAAUUGGAAGAUGGUUAUCGGCCUGCGGUACAAAUGGGUAAACAUUCCCUACAACGGCCACAGUAAGUGGAAUGAACGAUCGCCCGGAUGCAUGAUGUGGCAUGUUUACGUCCGAUUGAAGGACGCUAAGCGAGCGGAUCGAGAACUAUGCUUAUGGUUUCACCCGUCUACCCCCAAGAAAGAUUUUCCAUGGUGCGCUGUCACCCACUACAUCAGCGAUUGGAAGGGUGCUCAAAAUGGGACAAUCAGCGUUAAGGCCGUGGGUCCGGUUAAGGAUGAGAAUCUCACCAUGAUCUCGAAGCAUAACGACUUUGUGGAACUGACCCAGGCCAAAUAUUGUCCAGUUGAGAUUCCAGGGAUGUUGAAACAGGCAAUGACCAAAGCCUUUGGCCCUUGCACUUGCUUGUCUAUGUUUCUUUCCAUCAAAGCCCGGCCAGUUCACGCGGAGAAAGUGGCAGCUGCGGAUGUGAACUUGGACUCUGAUUCUGACGACUCCUUGCUGGAGGACGUCUCUCACAAGUUCACCAAAAUGACUGUCAAAGGGAAGACGAAGAUCAAGAAGCAACCUCCAAAGUUGGCUGUGGCACCGACUCUGGAGCAUGAUGGUCCGGUUCUCACUCCUGCGCAGCAGCGCCGUGCAAAGGAAGCAGAGAGGAAGAGACAAAUGGACUUGGAGAACAAUGUUCCUAGUCCUUUGUUUAUCAUGGUGCUACCCGGUGAUAUGGAAGGGACCUACUUGUUCAUCAGUAGGCUGAAAUAUGCUGCCUUGGCAACGCAUGUGCUGAAUGGACUGGUUCCGUUCUUUACGCAUCAUUUGGGGGAGUUGACGACUACUCAAGCUAAUAGGGUGAUUGCGAAGUGGCUGUCCAUGUCUCUGAUCCAUACGACACGCCGAAAGGAACUUGUGUGGUGCUUGGAGACUUUACUGUUGGGAUAUGACAAAAUAUGA